AUGGCUGCAACCUCGUUGGAAUGUAGCAUUACGGCAACUACAUUCUUAAAACAACCAGAACAAGAAUUAAGUCCACAGUCUGUAAAUGGAUUUACACCCAAGCUUGUCACUGUCGAGGAUGAAGAAGAACCAGUGAUUGAGAUGUCGGAAUAUAAACGUAAAGAAGUGCGUGGUGAGCUAUUACCUGAGCCAUUUCUUGUAGCAAAUCCCAAUCGGUUUGUGCUUUUUCCUAUUCAAGAAAAUGAUGUAUGGCAAAUGUACAAAAAGGCAGAGGCUUCCUUCUGGACAGCAGAGGAACUGGAUCUUGUGCAUGAUACUAAAGACUGGGAGAAACUUACGGACAAUGAGCGUUAUUUUAUUAAACAUGUACUUGCUUUCUUUGCAGCAAGUGAUGGUAUUGUGAAUGAGAAUCUAGCCAUGAACUUUAGCAAUGAAGUGCAAGUACCAGAAGCUCGGUGUUUCUAUGGUUUCCAGAUUGCCAUUGAAAACAUUCACUCGGAAGUUUAUUCACUUCUUAUUGAUACAUAUAUUAAAAAUGCCAUGGAAAAAGAUCAUUUACUGCGUGCUAUUGAUACGAUUCCAUGUGUAAAGAAGAAGGCAAAUUGGGCACUCAAGUGGUGCGAUCCACGUGUGUCCUCCUAUGCAGAGCGUCUACUAGCAUUUGCUUCAGUCGAAGGCAUUUUCUUUUCCGGCUCAUUUUGCUCUAUCUUUUGGCUGAAAAAACGUGGUCUCAUGCCAGGUCUUAGCUUCUCAAACGAAUUAAUUAGUCGUGAUGAAGGCAUGCAUACAGACUUUGCUUGCCUCAUGUACUUGAAACUAGUCAAUAAAUUACCAGAGAAUCGUGUGCACGAGAUUAUUCGAGAUGCUGUGACAAUUGAGCACGAGUUUGUGCGUGAUUCGCUUCCUGUGGAGCUCAUUGGCAUGAACUCGGCACUCAUGUGCCAGUACAUUGAGUUUGUGGCCGACCGUUUGCUCUACUCUCUUGGUGUAUCUAAGAUUUACCAUGCCAAGAACCCGUUUGACUGGAUGGAUAUGAUCUCACUCCAGGGUAAGACCAAUUUUUUUGAGAAACGUGUGGGUGAAUACUCAAAAGCUGGCGUAGGUGUUGCGGCUGAGGAUCAGGUGUUUACUCUAGAUGCUGAUUUCUAA